UUGUCUGAAUUUGGACCGAAUGUUGUCAAUCCUUGACAUUGGACGGAACCCGAUCGCUAUUUUAGUGGACUAAAACCUCAUUUGUGGUAUAUUCGUGUCCGGUUGGAGUCGUUUCGUGCAUGUUGAAGGUUCUCGACCUAGCUUAGCCUAGUUUAGCUAGCUAACAAAGAGACGUUUGUGAGUCAGCAGAGAUCAAACGCGGUUGACGUCCGCGCUUUGAUAAUUUAAUGUACUUUGAAUCUCGCAAUGUUCCAUAUCUCAAUCCUGAUUAAUUUUGUUUCGCAUGUCCCAUUUGCAGUUGCUUUUGUCAUCCCUGCAAAGUAGAGCAGAAAGUGAUGUGAUCCUUGUAUAAAAAUGAGCGCAAGAAGGGCAGCAGACGACGGGGAAGAAUUUUGGGGACCAAAAGAAGAGAAGAAGCCACGACGUCAACUACUGGACGCUGCGUUCAAUUUGGAACCGCGAACUGUCCCACGCAGAGCAGACAUCACCGAAGAUCUUCGUACUGAGCAACAGGAGCCAGAUCUCCAUCACCUGAAAGUGGAGGAUGAAGAAGUGUACCCCGUUAAAGAGGAAGAGGAGGCCAUUUUGAUGAAAAAAGAGGAGGAAGACGCCUGCCCACACAUCAAAAAGGAAGAGGAGGAGGAUGACGUCACCAAGUUUCCAUCAACUGGUGUCCCUUUGGAGAGUGAAGGUGAAGGUCAAAGUGAGGAGAGCAGAGGGGCGGAGCCUCCGUGCGGCAGCUCAAGUCGACACACGACAACAGGAGGUGAUGGAGAUCCCUGCGGAGGAUCAAAACCAAACGGACUCUUAGCUUCACUGUCAGAUAGUAGUAACAUGAUGACACGCUCUCCUCCCACUGAUGAAAAUGAUGAUGAUGAACAGUCUGAGGGUGAUGAGAUGUGUCACACCGCCAACAAAGGAUGGAAAUGUUCUCAGUGUGGGAAAACAUUUGCGUAUAAGUGCAGUUUAAAAAUCCACCUGAGAACGCACACUGGCGAAAAACCCUUUUCCUGCUCAUUUUGUGAGAAAAGAUUCUUUGUGAACGGGGACUUAAAAAUACACUUGAGAAGACACACCGGUGAGAAACCUUUUUCCUGCUCGGUUUGCGGUCAAAGAUUCUCCAAAAAGGGAAGCCUAAAAACUCACACAAGGAUCCACACUGGUGAGAAACCUUUUUCAUGCUCUUUUUGCGGUCAAAGAUUCUCUGAAAAUGCAAGUUUAAAAAUACACACACGAACCCACACCGGUGAGAAACCUUUUCCCUGCUCGGUUUGCGGUCGAAGAUUCACACGUAAGGGUUACGUAAAAAUCCACGCAAGGACCCACACUGGUGAGAAACCGUUUUCCUGCACGGACUGCGGUCAAAGAUUCUCUGGGAAGGAACACCUAAAAGUACACAGAAGAACCCACACUGGCGAGAAACCUUUUUCGUGCUCGGUUUGUGGUCAAAGUUUCACUUCCAGGGGAUACUUAAAAAUACACUCAAGAAGCCACAGUGGUGAGAAACCUUUUUCCUGCACUGUGUGCGGUCGAAGCUUCUCCGAAAGGGGAACUUUGAUCCAACAUACAAGGACCCACACCGGUGAGAAACCUUUCUCCUGUUCAGAUUGUGGUCAAAGAUUCGCUCGUAAAGGCCACCUAAAAGUACACUCAAGAACCCACACUGGUCAGAAACCUUUUUCCUGCUCACUUUGUGGCCAAAGGUUCUCUUAUCAGUAUCAGGCUAAAGCACACAAGUGUGCUGGUGGUCAAGAAGAAAGAGAAGAAUCCAUUUUAGUGUCAUGAUCCAUGCAGAGAACAAAUUUCAUCUGAGUUCUGAGGACCCGGGUACGAUCCCGCCCCCGCCUGUGUGGAGUUUGCAUAUUCUCCCCGUGCCUGCGUGGGUUUUUUUCUGCAGACACUUCGGUGUUCUCCCACAUCCCAAAAACAUGCAACAUUGAUUGGACACUCUAAAUUGCCCAUAGGUGUGAUUGUGACCGUCUUGAUGUGCCCUGCAAUUGGCUGGCAACCAGUUCAGGGUGUUCAGGGUGACAGCUGGAAUAAGCUCCAGCACUCCAUGCAACCCUCGUGAGGAUAAGCCUCUACGAAAAUGGAUGGAUGCACUGUAUGUGUUACAAAAUUCUACAUGUGUGUGUUGUAACUGGAUGAGCCAAAAUGAUCAACUAAAUCAAAACAAAAUUGCGACAAUUGUUUUUGGCAAUAAAGAACAGAGAAUUGCUGUUCGUAAACACCUGGAGUCUCUGUCUUUGAAAACCAAAGACCGAGUCCGAAACCUCGGUGUUCUGAUUGAUUCCAACCGGACUUUCGAUAAUCAUAUCAGAUCAAUCAAAAAAACUGCCUUCUACUAUCCGAAGAACAUAUCGAGAGUGAAGUCUUGUAUGUGUCAAGCAGACCAGAAAAGCUCAUCCGUGCUUUUAUCUCAAGUAGACUUGACUAUUGUAAUGGUCUUCUGACUGGA